AGCGACUUGUUUGAAGCAUUUUCUCCCUCGCUCUCGCUUUUAAUCUUGUCUCUAGUGGCGUGUGUAGGGGGGAGGACUUUAUUUCCAUUGGCUAAGCUCUCCCUUCCCACCCACAUCUCUUCCACAUCACCUUGGUGUCUCCCUAAAUAAAACCAGCCCUCCUUAUCGCCUGGAAAAAAUCAGGAGCUAGAGUUUGAAUGGGUUUAUAUAAACACUCACCCCUGGCAGCGUGCGGCUGGGCUCCCAGGAUAAACUCCAGGCGUCUGGCCUGAUGCUUGCCUUGCCGUGUUCUCUCCCUUGAACGUCAAGGUUUAAGCAGAGCCCGAGGACUGGGAACUCUUCUCCGAAAUUGGAUCAACCUGAAGCCAGUUGCGGAACUGCACAGGGUCCCCAUGGACCUCAAGGAGAGCCCCAGCGAGGGCAGCCUGCAGCCCUCUAGCAUCCACAUCUUCGCCAACACCUCCACCCUCCACGGCAUCCGCCACAUCUUCGUGUAUGGGCCGAUGACCAUCCGGCGUGUGCUCUGGGCCGUGGCCUUCGUGGGCUCCCUGGGCCUGCUGCUGGUGGAGAGCUCCGAGAGAGUGUCCUACUACCUCUCCUACCAGCACGUCACCAAGGUGGAUGAGGUGGUGGCCCAAAGCCUGGUCUUCCCAGCCGUGACCCUCUGCAACCUCAACGGCUUCCGGUUCUCCAGGCUGACCACCAAUGACCUGUACCACGCCGGGGAGCUGCUGGCCCUGCUCGACGUCAACCUGCAGAUCCCGGACCCGCACCUGGCAGACCCCACGGUCCUGGAGGCCCUGCGGCAGAAGGCCAACUUCAAACACUACAAACCCAAGCAGUUCAGCAUGCUGGAGUUCCUGCAUCGCGUGGGCCACGACCUGAAGGAUAUGAUGCUCUACUGCAAGUUCAAAGGGCAGGAGUGCGGCCACCAGGACUUCACCACCGUGUUUACAAAAUAUGGGAAGUGCUACAUGUUUAACUCAGGCGAGGAUGGCAAACCUCUGCUCACCACGGUCAAGGGCGGGACAGGCAACGGGCUGGAGAUCAUGCUGGACAUUCAGCAAGAUGAGUACCUGCCCAUCUGGGGAGAGACAGAGGAAACGACGUUUGAAGCAGGAGUGAAAGUUCAGAUCCACAGUCAGUCUGAGCCGCCUUUCAUCCAAGAGCUGGGCUUUGGGGUGGCUCCAGGGUUCCAGACUUUCGUGGCCACCCAGGAGCAGAGGCUCACAUACCUGCCCCCACCUUGGGGUGAGUGCCGAUCCUCAGAGAUGGGACUCGACUUCUUUCCUGUUUACAGCAUCACCGCCUGUCGGAUCGACUGUGAGACGCGCUACAUCGUGGAGAAUUGCAACUGUCGUAUGGUGCACAUGCCAGGGGAUGCCCCUUUCUGUACUCCUGAGCAGCACAAGGAGUGCGCAGAGCCUGCCCUAGGUCUGCUGGCGGAGAAGGACAGUAAUUACUGUCUCUGCAGGACACCCUGCAACCUGACCCGCUACAACAAAGAGCUGUCCAUGGUGAAGAUCCCCAGCAAGACGUCAGCCAAGUACCUCGAGAAGAAAUUCAACAAAUCAGAAAAAUAUAUCUCAGAGAACAUCCUCGUUCUGGAUAUAUUUUUUGAAGCCCUCAAUUAUGAGACGAUUGAACAGAAGAAGGCAUAUGAAGUUGCUGCCUUACUCGGUGAUAUUGGUGGUCAGAUGGGACUGUUUAUUGGUGCUAGUAUCCUUACAAUACUAGAGCUCUUUGAUUAUAUUUACGAGCUGAUCAAAGAGAAGCUCUUAGACCUGCUUGGUAAAGAAGAGGACGAAGGGAGCCACGACGAGAACGUGAGCACUUGUGACACGAUGCCAAACCACUCUGAAACCAUCAGCCACACUGUGAAUGUGCCCCUGCAGACGGCCCUGGGGACCUUGGAGGAGAUUGCCUGCUGACAGCCCAUGGACCACCCGGCACCCUCCCAAACAGACCUUGAGGCCCAAGACCCAGGACAGGGGACAGCAGGCUCAGGUGGGAUGGCCCCUGAUGACAGAAGGAAACAAGAGCCCCCUAUGCACACAUAGCAAACUAUCUGCCAAAACCUCGCUGUGGCCACGUCUGACACGACGCGUCCUCGGGCCCCGCCGUGCGUCCCUCUUAGGAGAAAAGAGUCACACUCUGGAACUGUCCGAGAACCAACCUGCCAUCACAUCUCACUGCCAGAUGUAUAAAGCACCUGCAUGCUGAGACCGCUCGCGGCGCCACCCCCUCGUCCGUCUCUGUUCACGACUCUCCUCCGUGCGCUUUCCGCCGGCCACUCUGCAGUCCUGCAGUGGGACCAGGCUCCAGCCCCAGAGCCACCCCGUGGCCACACUGGAAUCGCGACGGCACGGUCAAGAGGAAAAGCUCAGAACUCUCAGCCACGUCCGGUCCCUGUGUAGUUUGUGAAGGUUCUUAACCUGCCCACAAACCCCUUUGCCGGAGCCGGCCUGUGGGCUGACCGGGGCCACCCCCACCCCCGUCCCAGCGCCUGGUGGAGGCAGGGCGGCCUGGGCGACUCCAGCGCUCAUCCAGGGGACCUGCGUCAUCCUGCUGUCCUCGUGACCCGGCUUGUACAGUCCAAUUCUGUUUCUCUGGGGGUGGGGGCUUGUUUUGUCUGUCUGUCAGAGAUCUGUUCUGUUUUGUUCCAUUCUCCAGAUUUGGGUUUUGAUGUUCUGAGGUUUGGUUUGAUUUGGUUUCUCCAUUUUCUCUGGCGUUUAUUUAUUCGUGCUUCCGGUCACGGUCAUAUUAAAAGCUGGUCUUGUGGAAA